UGCCCCAUCAUUGGUGUCAGUGGGGGGAGGAAUAGUGCCCCAUCCUUGGUGUCAGUGGGGGGAGGAAUAGUGCCCCAUCCUUGGUGUCAGUGGGGGGAGGAAUACUGCCCCAUCCUUGGUGUCAGUGGGGGGAGGAAUUGUGCCCCAUCG